GAAGGAGGAGCCAAGAUGGCGGCGAUGGCGGCGCUGGGCCGGAGGCUGCGGGCGCUGGGCCGGGGGCUCAGGGGGGUGCAGAGCUCCCCCGGCUAUCAGGAGUCCACAGCUGAAUUCGGGUUCGUGGAGCGGCUGCUGCCCCCCAGCCGCGUCCCCGAGCCCCCCCCGCACCCCAAAUACCCGACCCCGUCCGGCUGGAGCCCCCCCGCAGGGCCCCCCCCGGAGCUGCCCUAUUUCGUGCGGCGCUCGCGCCUGCACAACCUGCCCGUGUACGAGGGGCGGCGGCAGGGCCGGCGCCUGACGGAGCUGCGCCGCAUCCACGGCGACAUCUGGGCGCUGCAGCGGGACCUGAGCGCGUUCCUGGGCUCCCUGGGGGUCCCCGAGGUGCCGGCGCAGGUGAACGAGGUGACGGCGACGCUGCGGCUCCGCGGGCACUGGGGGCCCCAGGUGCGGCAGUGGCUGCUGCAGACGGGCUUCUAGAGACCCCCAAAUCUGCCUGGGGACCCCGAAAUCUGCCUGGGGACCCCGAAAUCUGCCUGGGGACCCCAAAAUCUGCCUGGGGGAUCCCGAAGUCUGCCCGGGAUCUGCUGUGGAUUCAGCUGGAGCAUCCCGAAAUGGAGCCUGGGCAGCACAACAGCUCCUGGGGGCACUUCCAGAUCCACCUGAAGCACCCCAAAAUCAGUUUGGGGCACCUCCAGAUCCACCUGGGCACCUCCAGAUCCACCUGAAGCACCCCAAAAUCUGUUGGGGGCACCUCCAGAUCCACCUGGGCACCUCCAGAUCCACCUGAAGCACCCCAAAAUCUGUUUGGGGCACCUCCAGAUCCACCUUGGCACCCCAAAAUCUGUUUGGGGCACCUCCAGAUCCACCUUGGCACCCUAAGAUCGGUUUGGGGCACCUCCAGAUCCACCUAGAGCAGCCCAAAAUCUGUUUGGGGCACCUCCAGAUCCACCUGGAGCACCCCAAAAUCAGUUUGGGGCACCUCCAGGUCCACCUUGGCACCCUAAGAUCUGUUUGGGGCACCUCCAGAUCCACCUAGAGCAGCCCAAAAUCUCUUGGGAGCGGCUCAAAAUUCAUAGGGAGCCUUGGAAUCCACCUGGGCACCUCCAAAUUCACCCGGAGCACCCCAAAAUCUGCCUGAAACCUGCUGGGGACAGCCACAAAUCCCUCUGGAGCACCCCAAAACCUGCUGGGGGUACCUCAAAAUCCACACCGGGGUUCCAAAAUCCACCUGGGCCACCCCAAAACCCACAGAGAGGAUCCCAAAAUCCACCUUGGGGUACCCCAAAAUCUGCUGGAAGCCGCCUCAAAAUGGAAUAAACACCUCAUAAAUGAG